ACCACUGUUCUCAAGUAGUACCUAAGAUAUUUUCGGCGCAAUGUUUCGGAAUAUUAUUUCUUCAUGGUAAAGAAAAAGGACAAAAGAUUGGGAGGGCAUUUUUUCCUACAUCAUUUUAGUAUUCUACGGUAGUUCACCAAAAUUUCUAUCAGAAUCGUAAUUUCCUUUGUCUCAGACACAGUAAUUCUAGAAAAGGUAACAAUGGGGAGUGGGGGACUUUUCGGAUAGCUAUCCGUAACAAAAUGGAAUUUCGUUUUUUUCCCCCGUUUAUUUUCGACAUCUUAUAGAAUCCUGCAUUGCUAAACAGUUUUUAAUCUCGAUGAUCAUUCGCUUUUAGGUGCCUAAACUCGUAUUAAUAAAACAGAGACUAAACAAUGUGAGGGUAAAUUCAAUUAAAAAACAGGCUUAUAAAUACUUCAUUAUCACUAGAGAAACCAAUAUUAUUAAAUAGAAAUGUAUUCAUUUAAUAUCCUUUCAAUUAAAUAUUUACAUAUUUAUUAUUAUAACUUAAUAGGAAUGUUUCCAGACAGGAUGCAGGCUGGUAGCAUCGUUACCGUACCGAGAGAAUGCUAAGAGGUAUAUUUUCUGGCUCUUGAUGAUCUGAGCACAAAUUCUUAUUUCUUUAUUGCCCACAAGGGGCUAAACAUAGAGGGGACAGACAAAGAGAUUAAGUCGAUUACAUCAACCCCAGUGCAUAACUGGUACUUAAUUUAUUGACCCCGAAAGGAUGAAAGGCAAAGUCGACCUCGGCUUAAUUUAUCGACCCCGAACCCUGAGCACAGAUUCUGUUCAAGAGCCAAGAGACGGAUGAGGAUGGAACGGACGAAAAGUGACGUCAUCACCGGAAGCGAAAGUCAUCUGAGUCGAAGAACUGCUACAUCGGAGUUCGUCUCUCUCUCUCUCCUCCAAGAAGUCUUCGAACGUUGAUCGGACGCGUGGAGGGAAUUUCAAAGGGAUGCCAAUUCCUGACCAGUGGCUGGUGUAGUGUGCGCCGAAGCUGCUUGUCUUGUCUCCGAGGUCCUUGAUGAAACUGGUAUGAAAAAAUUACUUUUGAUCUGAAGCAUCAUCAAUAUCUAUAAUUUUUUGAAGACAAAGGUUGUUUUUUGUCCUUACGAAAUGGCAAAAAAUUCAGGAAGGUCUUUGUAUCAGUGUGAUAUUUGUGAAAAGUCAUUGACUACAAAAGGUCAUCUUACAACUCAUAUACGUAUUCAUACGGGAGAGAAGCCAUAUCACUGUGAUAUCUGUGGUAAAGCAUUCUCUCGAACUGGUGAGUUAACUAUUCACAAACGUGUCCAUACAGGAGAGAAACCAUAUGAAUGUGAUAUCUGUGGUCACUCAUUCACUCGUAAAGAUAUUUUAACCACACACAAACGUAUUCACACAGGAGAGAAACCUUAUCAAUGUGAUAUGUGUAGUAAAUCAUUCGCUAAAAGUACGAACCUAACUGAUCACAAACGCAUUCAUACUGGAGAAAAACCAUAUCAUUGUGAUAUCUGUGGUAAAUCAUUCAAUCAAAAUAACCAGUUAAUUAAACACAAACGUAUUCAUACAGGAGAAAAGCCCUAUCACUGUGAUAUCUGUGACAAAUCAUUCUCUCGUAAUGCUGAGUUAAUUGCUCACAAACAUGUUCAUACAGGAGAGAGACCAUAUCAAUGUGAUAUCUGUGGUAAGUCAUUCCCUCGAAAUUAUCAAUUAACUACCCACAAGCGCACUCAUACCGGAGAGAAACCAUUUCAUUGUGAUAUCUGUGGUAAAGCAUUUAAUCAAAGUUACAUCUUGAAGGGACAUAAACGUAUUCAUACAGGAGAGAAACCCUAUCGUUGUGAUAUCUGUGGUAAAGCAUUCUCCAAAAGUACUGCUGUAACUGUCCAUAAACGUGUUCAUACCAGAGAGAAGCCAUAUCACUGUGAUAUCUGUGGUAAAGCAUUCUCUCGAACUGAUGAGUUAACUAUUCACAAACGUGUCCAUACUGGAGAGAAACCAUAUGAAUGUGAUAUCUGUGGUCAAUCGUUCACUCGUAGGGAUAUUUUAACCACACACAGACGUAUUCACACAGGAGAGAAACCAUAUCAAUGUGAUAUGUGUAGUAAGUCAUUCGCUAAAAGUACUAACUUAACUGAUCACAAACGCAUUCAUACUGGAGAAAAACCAUAUCAUUGUGAUUUCUGUGGUAGAUCAUUCAAUCAAAAUAAUCAGUUAAUUAAACACAAACGUAUUCAUACAGGAGAAAAGCCUUAUCUCUGUGAUAUCUGUGACCAAUCAUUCUCUCGAAAUGAUGAAUUAACUAUUCACAAACAUGUUCAUACAGGAGAGAAACCGUAUGGAUGUGAUAUCUGUGGUAAAUCAUUCCCACGAAAUAGUGGCUUGACUGCUCAUAAACGCAUUCAUACUGGAGAAAAACGAUUCCAUUGUGAUAUUUGCGGUAAAGCAUUUAAUCAAAGUAAUGUGUUAAAGGGACACAAACGCAUUCAUACUGGGGAAAAACCAUAUCCUUGUGAUAUCUGUGGUAAAUCCUUCUCCCAAAGUACUGCUUUAACUGUCCAUAAACGUAUUCAUACUAAAGAAAAACCAUAUCACUGUGAUAGCUGUGGUAUCUCCUUCUCCCACAGUAAUCGUUUAACUAAGCACAAAUGUAUUUGUACAGUAUAGAAACUAUGUCAUUCUCUCAACCUUUAUAUAUAUUUUCUAAUGAGACAAACCACAUCACUGAUAUGUGUAGUAAUCAUACUCUCUAAAAAGUUCUAUAUAUGUUUGUAUUUAUAUCAGUGUGUGAUGCUAAAUAUAUAUAGAAACCAUAAACUAGAGUAUUUCACUGCACUAUAAGGAGCUAAACGGUUUGUGUGACCUGGUCCCUUCUUGAAAUUAUGGGGUAACUUAAUGGUCAUUUACAAGUGUCAUUGUGGCCUUAAACUUGACCUAAACACAAAGGAUGUGGAAUAAUAUUUUUGCUGUCCUUUGUCAAUGCUGAAAUGUGUUGGACCAUGUUUUCUCAAAUAUUUUGUUAUUUCAAGUGGAAGUCUGAAAUUUCAGAGUUCCAACUGCAUCAUUCUUUCUGAAUAUUCAUAAGAAUUUGAAAUCUAAAUAAAAUUGGCUUACUCUGAAA